AUGGCGGACAAUCCCAUCCUGAGCUACCUGCCUCACGGUUGGACCGAAGAAAAGUACAAGAACGCCAGCGAUGCAGAUUACGAGGCGCUUACCGAAGAGGAACUGCAAAAGGUCAUGGACCGCACUGCGGCCGAGACUCACAUAGAGACACUUGAAUGGGUGGACAAGAAGAACGAGGAGCGAGCUGCCCGCGGCGCGCGCCCCAUUUCCCUUCCGCAAGAGACCGACGCCCCAGAGACAAGCGAGGGCUCGCCAGACCCUACCGCAGAGAACUUGCAGAUCCUCGUGCAGCGGGCGGAGGCCGAGCACUGGGAUAAUUUUGGGUUCUGGGCCUUCCGCGUACACUUUUCCGACCCGGAUCUGUGGGAGGGCUUUGAAUCUGGCUUCUUCCAUCUGCUCAACGAGGGCAUUGCCGCAGCGCCGGCUGAAUCCGGCAUGAGCCGCCUGGACGACAACGUCAUGGUGCGCUUCGUGUCGGAUGAAGACAUCGCCAACCAGGGCCCCGAAGGCGUCUCGUACGCUUACCAGCUCUGCAUCGACGAGGAGCAAGGCCCCGAAGACGACGAGGACGCGGACGCAGAGGGCUGGCCGGAUGCGCCGGAGCCGGGCAUGGUGACGAGCAUGUGCCUCAUGGUGGACGAGGAGUGCAUGCGCUCCGUGGUGGACAGGACGCCCGGCUCGACGCCGUUCGUCAAGGCCGUCGACGCCUCUCUGCAUCGGCCCGAGGGCAAGAAGCUGCCGUAUUCGGGGUGCUUCAAGGUGGCCGUCAGGAGUCUGAUUACCAGGUUCUACGCGGCACUUCUGCUGUACGACCCCGCCGACAUCGCGGCCACGGUCCCAGAUAGCGGCGUCUGGACAGACAUCGGCCCUUUUGACCGUGACAGGGAGUCGAGAAAGCUAGAGAAGUUGAGUGCCGCGAGGGAAUGA